ACCCUUAAUGCAUAUAAUAUAAUUACAUGCCAAUGAAUCAAGUAUAUUGGAAGCCUCCCACCCCAAAAUCUUCUAGGCAUAAGCUGUUUACUCCCUCUCCCAAAGAGUCAGUAACCUCUCGUUUUGAAAGAGCUAUUAAGGCAGAUGGAAAACACUACAUUAUUCGACCUUUGACAGCGAGCCGCAGUUUACUGGCAUCAGCUAAUCUAGGAGAUCUUGGCAUUGACGAGGGAAUUGAUAAAUCCGCCAGUUCCAAGCCUGAGCGGCAACCUCAGAUCAAUCAGGAAGAUGUAUCCGACAUGGUUAUAGACAUUGGGUUACAAGUCCGGGAUUUAGUAGCAGAAACUGCGCUCCAGUUUGUUAGUGUAAAGGAUAAAUUGGACCAUUUGAGUGAAAAUAUAAAUCUUUUGCGUCAAUUGCAUCAUGAGCAAACUGAGAGCGAAUCUUAUCAUUUGCGCGAUAGCGAUAAGAAAAUGUCGAUGCGACACCAGAAUACCAGGCACCUCGGCAGAGACGGCUCUAAAUAUCAUGUUUCCAUAGAUGGUGAAUCAAGUGGGCCAUCUGGAACAUAUAUCCCCAUGAUUACAUCGUUUAUUGCCAGCACGUGCUUCAUAACGCCCCUCGUUGUGUUUUUAAUUGAUAUUUCGUCCCACCAAUAAUGUGGGCGUUGAUUUGCCAUAAAAAUAAAAAUGUCGCGUUUGAUUUCGUUGGUCGAGUUUUAUUUCCUUAUUUAGGUAGACGUCCCCUGGGGAAAAAGAAAAAAUUUUCGUCCUCACUUAUCAGAAACGUAGGUAUUUAAUUGAUUGCAAUAGUUGAAAAUGAGCCAAGAUCAUCAAAGUUCAACAUCAGGCUCAAACUUUCAUAUUUCUGAUCAGAUGGGUUCUUCGAUGAAAGAUAAAGAAGCCGGUGUGGAGGUGCAAAACCUCGAAGAAAACUCCAACAAAUCUAUGGAGUUUAGCGAGUCAAUCGCUAGUGUGAAGCUUCAUCAUCAUCACGGAGGGGAGUUGAAGAGAACUUUCUCGGUGUGGUCAGUUUUAGGUGUCGGAUUCGGUUUGACCAAUUCUUGGUUCGGGAUCCUGGCCUCGUUGGUUACUGGUAUCCAAUCAGGUGGACCUAUGUUGAUUGUGUAUGGAAUUUUAAUUAUCGCGUUCAUCUCUUAUAACGUGGGGAUUACUUUAUCCGAGCUUUCUUCUGCUAUUCCUUCUGCUGGUGGUCAAUACGUGUGGACUCGUGUAUUGGCUCCUAGACGGUUUCUGAGUUUCUUGGCUUACCUUGAUGGAGCCUUCGGUUGGGCUGGUGCAAUUUUCACUUCUGCUUCGAUGGCCCUUUCUGUCGCCAGUAACAUCAUGGGUCUUUGGAACUUGAUGCACCCAGACCAUGUUACCCAGAAAUGGCAAUUGUUUGUGGUAUAUCAGAUUGUCAAUGUAUUGUUGGUGGUGUUCAACUGUUAUGGAAGAAUCUUACCUUUUAUUGCCAAUGGUGCCUUGUACAUUUCUUUGUUUUCAUAUGUGGCCAUAACUAUUACCGUUUUGGCAUGUGCUAGAGGUAACUACCAGCCGGCACAUUUUGUAUUUUCCGAUUUCGAAAACGGAACUGGCUGGAGUUCUUCGGGUAUCGCCUUUAUUGUUGGAUUAAUUAACCCUAACUGGUCUUUUAGUUGUUUGGAUUGUGCUACUCAUUUGGCAGAAGAGGUUUUACAACCAGAAAGAGUAAUUCCAAUUGCGGUUCUUGGAACUGUUACUAUUGGAAUGGUGACUUCUUUCACUUAUUCAAUUGCAAUGUUCUUUUCGGUUCGUAACUUGGAUGAUAUUGUAAGCUCUACCACUGGAAUGCCUAUUUUAGAUAUUUACUAUCAGGCUUUGAGUUCUAGAGCUGGUGCUUGUUGCUUGGGAGUUUUGGUAUUGUUGACUGCUUGCGGAUGUACCAUUGCUUCUCACACGUGGCAAGCUCGUUUAUGUUGGUCUUUUGCUAGAGACAAUGGGUUACCAUUCUCUGAUAAGUUAUCGAUUGUGGAUCCUAAAUUAGGAAUUCCUUUGAAUGCCCAUCUUUUCUCAUCGGUGGUGGUGGCAAUUUUGGGUUGCUUAUACAUGGCUUCGGAUACUGCUUUUAAUUCGAUGGUGGUUGGUUGUAUCACCUUUUUAUUGUUGAGUUACUCAAUUCCAGUUUUGUGUUUGUUGUACAGAGGAAGAGACAAUGUUAAACAUGGUCCUUUCUGGUUGGGUAAGAUUGGUCUUUGUGCCAACAUUGUGACAUUGGCCUGGACAGUGUUUGCCUUGGUUUUCUUUUCAUUCCCAAGUUACAUGCCUGUAACAGCAGAUACCAUGAACUAUAUUUCUGCCGUGUACGGUGUUUACAUCAUUUUGGUGUUGGCAUAUUGGUUCUUCCCUGUCAAGAAGUAUUCUUGUAGAGAAGUGUUUGCUGGAGGUUUAGGUAACGACGAAGAAGAAGAAUUCCCUGACGUUUGCAAAUACCUGAUAUAGAGAAAUGGUUUACAGAGAUUAGAUUAAUAACAUAGAAACUAGAGUAUACUAUCAAACACAAUUAUGGUAGCUCAAUUAGAUCAUGGUUGGACCUAGGCUCUAUAAAUGACAAAUGUAUGGAUCAUCUGACACCUCUCUUUCAAAAUUUAGUCCAGACAGGUUCUUAUAGAUUCAAUUUCUCUAUCCAUCACACAUCACAUUUAUAUAUGAUAGGGUGAUCUCCGUUCCAUAAAAUGCCUGAGACUAUCAAGAACUGAUAGUCCACAAGCGGGUGAAACAAAGAACCAUAAUAAUGUACUGUCUAUAGUGAUGGAAUACUUUUGGACAAAGUUAAUAA